UCCGACAGCCACUGGUCCUCUGGUUCAUUCCGAGUACCUGUCCUCCCUCCCCCUUCCCCUAUGAUUCGUUCCCGGACAGUGGAACAGUCAAUUGAAGAAGGAUCGUCGCGAAGGUCGUCAGCUGAAGACAAUAUCUAGUGAGAGUCUGUGAGAGAGUGAAGUGGGCGUGGGGUGGCAUGAUGGCAGGCGGCGGCGGGGCGGCGGCGGCGGCCCUGUCCUCUGAUAUAAGCCGCCGCAACCCCCAGGACGAGUACGAACUGAUACAGAGGAUUGGCAGUGGCACCUACGGCGAUGUUUACAAGGCAAAACGUCUGAUUACCAAUGAGUUUGCUGCAAUCAAAGUCAUCAAAUUGGAACCAGGGGAUGACUUCACCAUUAUACAGCAAGAAAUACUUAUGAUGAAGGAUUGCAGACACCCAAACAUUGUAGCAUACUUUGGAAGUUACUUGCGCCGAGACAAGCUAUGGAUAUGCAUGGAGUUUUGUGGUGGAGGCUCUUUGCAGGAUAUAUAUCAUAUAAUUGGUCCCUUACAAGAGCGGCAGAUCGGGUAUAUGUGCCGGGAAACCUUAAGGGGCUUGGAAUACCUUCACCGCAUGGGCAAGAUGCACCGGGAUAUCAAGGGAGCCAACAUUCUAUUGACGGAGAAUGGUGAUGUAAAGUUGGCUGAUUUUGGUGUUUCUGCUCAAAUCACAGCUACCAUAAGCAAAAGAAAGUCUUUCAUUGGCACACCCUACUGGAUGGCCCCAGAGGUAGCAGCUGUGGAGAGGAAAGGUGGAUACAACCAACUCUGUGAUAUUUGGGCUGUUGGUGUAACAGCUAUUGAACUUGCUGAACUUCAACCUCCCAUGUUUGAUCUUCAUCCUAUGCGUGCACUAUUUCUUAUGUCAAAGAGUGGGUUCAAGCCACCAACGUUAAAAGACAAAUCAAAAUGGACUCAAAACUUUCACCAGUUUGUAAAACUUGCUCUUACCAAGAACCCUAAGAGAAGGCCAACAGCAGACAAGUUACUCCUACACCCCUUCGUGGCUGCAGACCUACCAAGAUGGCUUGCAGUGGAGCUGUUACAGAAGGCCCACAACCCUCAGCAUUCCUUUCCCCCUGAGUUAGAGAUGGAUGAGGAAGGGGCAGUUACAAAUGUCCCACAAAGGAUAACUUCCAGAACGCCAGCACGACCAAAACAGAGGACCAAGUCAGAGCUACACAUGGAGUCUGUCAACUUUGAGCCACCUCUAGUCACUGAGCUCAAUGCUGAGCCACCACCAGCACGUUAUACAGCUGCUGGCCAACCUUGGGACCCUGCCAUGGAGGAGGGUGAGGUGUCUCUGGAUAACCACGACAUAGUAGAGGCCUGGAUUGGAAAUGACCCUGACACAGAAGUAAAAACCAAUAUGAGCUGGACCCAGUCCCUGCCAGGAGCUCGGAGGGCCCGUGGGGGACACAGGGAGGCUGCCUCAAAUGGAUCCCAUGACAGUGGAGGCUUUCUGAGACUGGGCACAGACAGCACAGAACGAGACUAUGCAAACUUGCCCCCAAUUUACCUACCAUACCACUCAGACUUGACCUAUGACCAAUUCCCAGUUACCUCCUCACAGAAUUCAAAUCCCCAGCAGUUUGAAAGGUGUGUGGAGGUCAGGCAUGGAGAUCCCCUUCCCAGUUACUCUCAUGAAUAUUUCAUGAGCAGUCAAUACAGCCACAGGGAACAGGAGAAUGAAUACUCAUAUCUUGACUCCUGCAAUACUUAUUCUUUUUCUGAUGCUGACAAUUGCUAUAUGACCACUUCUUUCAUUCUCAAAGAUGAUGAAGUUCCUUAUCAUGACCCUACUUGCACUAUAGCAAACUGUCAGCGGUCUACUUGUCUGGUGCCUGACCUCCCAGAUGAUACCACAAUACCUUACCAUUCCCUGACCACAUAUGACCAGUCAGACCCAGAGACAGAAUGCCCCACUCACACUCGUUCCCGCUCACGACACAACAAGCGACAUCGUCAUCGGUCGAAGAGUGAAAUGGGUUCCUUGAAUGCCCCUGAACCUGCCUCUCACUCAUUCCGAGAUGCCCAGGAUGCCCCUCCUGCCCCUGAGGGAGUGCCAGAAUCCCUCAGAAGGGAGAAGCGCCCUCUCUCAGGCUCUGAUGUUCUGAGAAUGUCUCCAAGGAGCCUAUUGCAGUAUAUUGAUGAAGAGUUGCGAAUGAGGGGGCACAGCGAUCGUCUCUCUGACUUGGACGUGGAUAUGACCUACUCCUCCCAAGCAACCCUGCCAGUGGGCAUGGAUGAAACCUCCCUCAGUGAAGCUAGUCAGGCCCUUGAUGAGGCCAAUCACAACAGCAGAUACAACCAGUCAUCGCCAGGGCGGGAACGGGGACAUGCAAGGAGACAUUCCAGUGCUGAUGCACAUCAGGAGGAGGGUGAGGAGCUCACUGACCAGACUGCCACCCUCACCCUCACCUCAGCUACUUCCCGGGCCCGUGCCCAGAGUGACAGCCAGCAUGAUCGCCGCAGGGAUGGAACCAAAGAAAAUGGCCAAGGAAGCAGUGGUGGUGAAGAUGAUGGGAGUGGGACGCCACCUAUACCACCUCGGCGGAAAGACAAAAGAAGACACAACACGCCUCCCAGACCGCAGUCAAAUGGCUUGCCACCUACUCCUAAGGUUCACAUGGGAGCUUGCUUUUCAAAGGUUUUCAAUGGAUGUCCACUUCAUAUUCACUGUACAGCCUCCUGGAUCCAUCCAGACACUCGUGACCAACACAUUCUGAUUGGUGCUGAGGAAGGCAUCUACACCUUGAACCUGAAUGAGCUACAUGAGGCUACCAUGGAGCAACUGUUGCCAACUAGGACUACGUGGAUGUUUGUCAUCAAGGAUGUGCUCAUGACUAUAUCAGGCAAGGGGCCAUAUCUCUAUCGUCAUGAGCUGAUUGGCCUCCAUAACCGACACCUCCACAAGUUCUCCCUUCCCAUGAACAAAAUUCCGGAAAAGUUUUUGCCUAGAAAAUAUGCAAUCACUACAAAGGUACCCGACACAAAGGGAACGCUACGGUGUUGUGUGGGCCGUAACCCCUACAAUGGCUACAAGUACCUGUGUGGGGCCACCACCUCUGCAUUGUACCUGAUGCAGUGGUAUGACCCACUGAAUAAGUUCAUGCUGCUGAAGCAAAGUGAGUGCUACCUGCCACAUCCAUUAAGGGUCUUUGAGAUGGUCAUAACCCCAGAUCUGGAAUACCCACUGAUGUGUGUAGAUGUGAACCGUAGCUUCGGAUCGGAUGAUGAGCUGAGACACAGCCUCAUUGACCUAAACACUGGUACCACCUGGAUUCCAGACGAAGAUGAGGAUAUGGAUGGUAUGGCUACUGUUGUACCACGCCACAACUUGAAUGUAAAGAAUGUUACUCAGAUUGAGAAGGAUGCCAUCCUUGUGUGCUAUGAAAAUGUGGUUAGGGUGGUCAAUCUGCAAGGAAGACUCAAAGAGAGGAAAAAGCAAACAUCUGAGCUCACUUUUGACUUCACCAUAGACUCUAUAGUGUGCUUAACGGAUAGUGUUUUGGCAUUUCACGAGCAUGGUAUGCAGGGCCGCAGCUUUAAAAAUGGAGAGAUAACUCAAGAGAUCAUAGAUAACUCCAGAGUCUUCAGAUUACUAGGCUCAGACAGAAUUAUUACUUUGGAGAGCCGGCCGUCCUCCAUGCUGGAGUGUGAAGGUGGCACCUUGUCUGACGCUAACCAGGGGGUAAACCUAUUUAUCCUGGCUGGCCAUGAGUCUAGCAUGUACUAGUUUGCAGGAGGUCAGCAGGGAUGAGGUAACAUACCCUUAUCAUAUACAUGAAGCAAGUGGUGAAGCACCAAGUAUUGCUUUCUUAAUACAUACAAGGUUUUUAAAGUUCUCAUUGAUGCUUUAACACUGAUUAACCGUGUAUUCUAGCAUGAACUUUGUUGUCUCAUCAGCCAGUGAAUUGGUAUCCACACUAAUCAAGAACAGAAAGACAAAAAUAUUUUAAAUAUCUUAAACAAUUCAAAUGGGAGGGAUACUUGAAAAAAUAAAUCAACUAUUGCCCUUCCCCUAAGAGAAUUAGUUGCAGGAAAAGUGGGAAACAUGCCAAAGUAGCAAAGUUGAACACAUGGUGUAGAGACUGAGGUGCAGCACCAGCAGAGCUGUGACAACUAAUCUUACUUGCUAAACAUUAAAAAGGAUAUUUGAUUAACAGUGGCAUGCUUCAUAAAUUAUAUGGCUUCCAACAUGGAGGUUUGAAAAUCAGUAACAUGUGUCCUAAAUUAAACACUGGCUCAACAGCAGUACAAACAAGUCUUGCAUAUCAGUGGUGUGUCAUGCUGGGCGCCUUGUGCAGCCUGUGUGUGUACUGUCCUGUUGAAACAAGUCUGAUGGGCACCAUCCCUAAAGUGUGACCAUGAGUAGCACUUACUUGUGUUGAAUCUCCCCUCCCCCUCCAGUAAAGUGAUGCACGGGUUUGAUCAGUUUAUUAUUUUCACUUUUAGAGUUCCAAAGAUGUAGACACUUACUUUUAUUCACAGGAAAAUGAUAGUGUACCCUAAUUGAUUUAAAGGAAAGAAACUAGUUACAGUCAACAUUUACAUAACUUGUUUGAUGUGAAAACAUUAUUUAUUUAUUUAUUUAUUAUUAUUAUUAUUAUUAUUAUUAUUAUUAUUAUUAUUAUUAUUAUUAUUAUUAUUAUUAUUAUUUAUUUAUUUAUUUAUUUAUUUAUUUUUUACCAGAAUGAAGAACUAGUUUUCUAAGAACUAAAUUGAAGUCUUCUUAGUGGCUCAGGAUACAGUUUUGUAUGGCAAUGUGUAUAAAAAGCAUUUUUAUGGCUAGUGUGAUAGAAGCAGACUAUUAAGGAGCAGACCAGAUGCAUAUAGUUAAGCCUUAAUAUCUUUAAAAAAAAAUUUAGUCAUAUAAUCAUAGUGAGACUCUACUUAAUGCAAGACUGGUUAACUGGCUCAGAUAUUGGGCAGUCUUAGUUGGCCAAGCAGGGUAUUAAGGCUUAGCUUCCCAUUGUGCUAAGUUGUUACUGAAGCCUGACUCAGCAUGUUGCUGUUUGCUCACAUAACCUAUAGUACUUGUCAUGUCUUAUUUGGGGGUCAAUUCCAGAUGGAAUAUUCAAGAACAUUGUGGUUAGUAUUGUUGAGUAGCUUAGAGCUGUUAGAGGUUAUUCAUGGUGAUCAUACUGCUCUCACUUUGUGCUCAUAAUUUCUCAUAAGUUGAUGAGUAUGUAUGACGUCCUAAAGCUGAAACUUUGUUAGACAAUUACUUAUUUUUCAAAUCUUUUACUUUUUUCAAGUACAGCACUCACAUUCUUUUAAAUUUCAGUAGAAUCUUGGUCUUUGCACUUAAUAUUUAAAUGAAAGUGCAAAGAUGGAAAAAAAAACAACAACAACUAUGAACACCUUCCAUUAGGUAAAGGUUAACACAUACCGUAGCCCUGAAACCUGCCAAACAUGUUGCAGUCUUUAAACCUGCCAAACAUGUUGCAGUCUUUAAACCUGCCAAACAUGUUGCAGUCUUUAAACCUGCCGAACAUGUUGCAGUCUUUAAACCUGCCAAACAUGUUGCAGUCUUUAAACCUGCCAAACAUGUUGCAGUCUUUAAACCUGCCGAACAUGUUGCAGUCUUUAAACCUGCCAAACAUGUUGCAGUCUUUAAACCUGCCGAACAUGUUGCAGUCUUUAAACCUGCCAAACAUGUUGCAGUCUUUAAACCUGCCAAACAUGUUGCAGUCUUUAAAUGCUAAUAUGAAUACCACCAUCUGUCAAACCACUUGUGCACUGGUCCUUUACUUUAUUUUAUUUUAUUUAUUUCAUUUUAUUUUAUUUUAUUUUAUUUUAUUUAUUUAUUUAUUUAUUUAUUUGUUUAUUUAUUAAUUUAUUCUUAUACAUAUUAUUAUUAUUAUUACUAUUAUUAUUAUUAUUAUUAUUAUUAUUAUUAUUAUUAUUAUUAUUAUUAUUAUUAUAUUUAUUUAUUUAUUUUUUUUUUCAAAGGAUGACAAUGUGUAAUAGAUUGUCACAUAAUAAUAAUAAUAUUAUUAUUAUUGUUAUAUUUAUUUAUUUAUUUAUUUAUUUAUUUAUUUAUUUAUUUAUUUAUUUUAUUUUUUAUUUUUUUCAUUUUAUUUAUUUAUUUUUUUGAAAGGAUGACAAUAUGUGAUAGAUUGAAAAGUUGCUGCUUUUAUCUUCCAGCAGUUGGCCAGUGCUAGAAAGUGCUGUCAUGAUAUGAACAUUGCUUAGUGACAUUAUAAUGAUGUCUGGUGUAAUGUGCUUGUGGUUUUUUUCUUGUGCUUUAUGUUUGUAAACACAGCUAUUCCCUCUAUGCUAGGUUUUAUCCUGCAUUUCGCUUCAGAAUGACAAGGAAUGAGAAAAUAAUAGUGAGAAAAUAGCAAAGUAUAUGCAUAAACCAGAAUACAUCAAGCACAUUCUUGUGCAUGGAGAGUUUAUGCCUGAUGUAUUAUCAUGUAUAUAAUAUAUAUUUGAUGUCUUGUUUUAUAGCCAGUCCAGAUCAGUUUUAUAGUAAAAUUUUCUUGCACCAUGUUAUUCUGGGGUAACUGAGAACUUAAAUGCACAGGAGACCAGUUUCUUUAUAAACGUUGGAACAGAAUAUGUACAUAAGUAAAGGGGGGAACCAGACACAUGGGAGAGACAUGUUGUGGGGAUUGCAGUUCAAUCCUAAUGGUCCAUUUUAAUUCCUCAUGAUAAGGAAAUGGUGAUAGAAAACAACUUUUUUUGUGAAAAUUUAUAUGUUAAUUUAAGAGCAGGUCUUUGAUGCAAAAAUAAUGUGUGAUUGGUUUAAUUUCGGAGUAUGGCUACAGCAAGGCUGUGUGAUGUCCCAUUGGUUGUUUAACAUUUACAUUAAUAUAAGAAAGAUGAAUAUGAAAAUGGUAGAGUCUGGUGAAAAUUGAUGGGUAUUAGCAUUCAUCACAUUUGAAUCUGAAUUAGUCACUGUUUGCAGAUGAUAUUGCACUGGUAGCUGAUUCAGAGGAAAAUAACUGAGAUAGCAUGUGAAGAUAUUUGGAGAGAUGUUUGAGAUGAUAUUGAAUGAGAUUUAAUGAAACUAAGAGUAAUUAAGCAUAUGAGAGGAGUAGAUGAUGGGAGGAUGAAUGUAGUUUUGUUUGAGGUGGUAGCCUGUUUGAAGUAUGUGUGAGGAAGCUGGAAAGAGUAAUGUGUAGUUAUAGAGUAUUUGGAAUGUGUGCAAAGAGAAGGUUGUAUGGGUGUAUAGUGGUAUUAACUGAAUUUUAUGAGGCUGUAACAUGGAACCAGAAGAAAAUAUAUUGAAUAUAAUGGAUAUAAAGUGUCUUAGAUAUACAUGUGAAGUAAUGCAUAUAGAUUAUGAGAAAUUAGAAAGUGCAAGGGGAAACUAAUGUUAGAAAUGAGUGAGUCAAACAAGCAUAGCAGAUCUGAGUGUUGCAUGUUUUGGGGAUGUAGAGAGCAUGAAAGAACAACAGUAGGUGAAGGAGAUAACUGGAUCGGAAGUGAAUGGUGUAAGACAAAGAGGAAGACCAUAAAUAGGAUGAAUGGAUAAUGGGAAGAAAGUACUAGAUGUAGGAGCAAGGUGAUUGUAUAAAAGGGGUGAACAGAGAACAGUUAUUAAUACAUGAAUUGAAUGUUAGCUGAAAGUUCUCUACAGCAGGUUUGCCAGCAUCUAGCAAGAUCAGCUGGUUGGGAUUAAAUUUAGGAAAAGAAAUGGGUGUAUUAUGGUGUGGCAGGGAUAAGUAAGUACUGGUAUUGGGCUCUGAUAUGGAGAGAUCUGACUACAGUCAUCCCCUUGUUAUCCAUGGUUUCAGUAUCCACAGCUUCACUUUUACAUGGAUUGCUACCAACCACAAAUUCAAAUAACAAAGGAGAUGAUGAGAGGCAACCUACUAGUGUUCAUCAUAUUUUUUUGUUAUUUUUUUUAUUUAAUUGAUAAAUAAAAUGGCUUUAACCAUGUACCAUAUUUUGUAGUGUGUAAUUCAUGCGCACUCUUUUUCAUCCAAUAAUACCAAAAAGUUACCCCUUGUGCAGUGUACGCUGAAGGUACAAAUUAUAUGUAUAUGUUAUUAUUAAUUUAUUAUUCUUGGUCUUGUCCAAUACUGACUGUAAAAUUAUCUUUAUGAUCCUUCAUAGUGCAUUGCUUUGCUUAUAAUAUGUUGUCAUACAAUACAAAGAGAACAAAAUAACCAGCAUAAAAAAUAAAAUUAAGUCAGUUGAGGGUUGUCCAUGUCUUGUUAUAGAGCUUCUCUGACAGCCUGACCUGGCCAUUAUUUGCAUUGUUUUGUAUGAUACAGGUAUGUUGUUGCCAAUUCAAGCAAUACAAGCUACACCAAAGAUAUGCAAAUUGGGAAAAUAGAAUUAUCUACAUCAUCAGUCUUGCUUAAGACUGGUUUGCACUGGGCAAAUUCUGACAAGAUAUCAGUGGCAGACACCAAGAUGAUGGCCCCUACCAAGGAUUCACACUCACCUGUGUGUUGGUUUCUUGGUGGGGAAAUAAGAAAAACAGUUACUGUCAAGCCAAUCAGUUCAAGCAUGGUACAAAAUUGAAUGCAUCACUUGUGUUUUUUACUGCAGCCAUGUGAACUUCUCUCAGCUCUCAGUCUCACCCAAGGAUACUGUCCCCUAAGAAGAAGCUGGUCUUGAGGGUGAGACACACCAUUGCUCACAUACAACCUUACCCCAUGUUAGUAAAAAAAAAAAAAAAAAAAAGUGAAUUUAAAAAGAUCUAAUUUCACCAAGAUCUAAUUGUUACUAUUGAAUAGAAAACAUAAACUGUGAGAAAAGUCAGUUCUUCUGCUGGUGUUUUCUAAAUAUUUUCUGAGCAUUUUAAGCACUGAUUAUCUUUUUUCCUCAAAUUGUUGUCAUAAAGCUUAUGGUGUUCAUUAUACACAGGAGCAUGUUAUGCGCCACAAAAUACGUACUUCAUACAGUUUUUCUUUACUUAAGGUUUUUGGAGCUCAGGGGUGUUCUUAAGUGAGGGCACUAAUUUUACACAGAUUUUCCUUAUCAAUGGGUGUCUCUUUUACCUAACCCCCAUGGAUAAUGAGGGAUGAUUGUAUUCAUGCACAACAGACCCUUGCUAAGGUAUGAUCAGUAAGGAUCUAUCCUUCCCAUUAGAGGUUCAGGAAAUGGAAAGGAUUAAAAUUUAAUCUUAUGAAAGUGUGUGUGUGUGUGUGUGUGUGUGUGUGUGUGUGUGUGUGUGUGUGUGUGUGUGUGUGUGUGUGUGUGUGUGUGUGUGUUGCCAUGUCCCAGCUAUCCAUCUUUAAAGGGGGAUGUCAGCCUGGUUUAUUGAAGUCUGCAAGGAGAGUGAAUCAUGGAAACAAAUACACAAAGACUGCUACCCUACCAUAAUCCAAGCCUGAUUGUGUUAGAUAAUUAGAUACCUAAUGUUUCUGAGAUUUUGUACAUAGUACAUAAGAUCUUCAGUGUUGUAGAUGAUCAAAAAUAAAUUAUUUUUAUAAAAUAUGCUCCAUCACAACACAUUUUACAUUAUUCUCUAAACAUUCAUCACACUAUUUACCCUAGUUUAUUGAUGAAAGGCUUUUUGUAUGUUGAAUAAUUAAUCCUCACUGGUUUCACUACAUCCUUGUUGAUCCUUGGCCAAUUUCUCUCUCUCUCUCUCUCUCUCUCUCUCUCUCUCUCUCUCUCUCUCUCUCUCUCUCUCUCUCUCUCUCUCUCUCUCUCUCUCUCUCUCUCUCUCUCUCUCUCUCUCUCUCUCUCUCUCUCUCUCUCUCUCCAUUCCCUGUUUUGUAAUUUUUUUCUUUUGAUUGUAGCUUCAUACAUACUGAACAGCAAAUUUAUGUGAAGCUGAAAUAUGAUAUAUAUAUAUAUAUAUAUAUAUAUAUAUAUAUAUAUAUAUAUAUAUAUAUAUAUAUAUAUAUAUAUAUAUAUAUAUAUAUAUAUAUAUACAGUAGGGUAUGCCACAACGUACAGUCAUUAUAAUGUAAUGUACAACUACAAUAAUGCACUGAAAUUUUAAUAAACAUCUAAUUGGAAUAAUGAACCAAAACUGGAAUAAUGAACUUCCCACUCAUUCGAGCACUGGAAUUUUAAUGAAAAUUUAAUUAGAAUAAUGAACCAAAACUAGCAAGACAAACUUGCCAUUCAUGCUUACUCUGAAAUUUUAAUAAACAGUGCAGGAAUGAGAGUUCCAUCAUCAUCAUCAUCAUCAUUUUAUUAAACAUCCUUAUUUUUCCUAAUCAGGGUUGGACAGCUUUUGAGUCUCUCAUAAGCUUGUGUUUAGAGCAAAAAGUCUUCUCCCAUGAAUGCCCUUCUCUGACGGGAAGUAGGUUUGAUUUCAGGAUUGCCUUCCCUAUGGGACUGUUGAAUAAGGUUAUUGAAGUCCACUUCACUUCCUUUUGGCUGAUCACACCAUGUAAUGAAAUUUCAUUGCAUGGGUGCACUCAUGGUGGAAGAGUUCAGCUUGUGUAUAUUAGUAUAUUUUAAUUUAUCAAUAUAUGUAUUAUUUAUUCUAUAAUAGCACUUUAUUUAGCCUUGUUUUUGAUGUUUUGGAAACUUCUCAGUCAAAAUUGGAAAGUGAUUAUUAGCCUUUUCAGAUCUGUGUUUAUGGUACCACAAAUUUCAAGUGGGUUGUGGAUUUGCAGCUGCACAAGGUAUGGAUUUGAAUUUGUAGAUUUGCAUUUAUGGAAAUGAAUUUGUGUAUGUGUUUCUAAUUUUGUCUUCGUUACAAUAUUUUGAGAGAAAAACAAUUCAUGGAAUGUAUUUGAACUUUUUUUUAUGAAGAUAUGAACUGGUACACAUAUGGUGUGUAUAUAUAUAUAUAUAUAUAUAUAUAUAUAUAUAUAUAUAUAUAUAUAUAUAUAUAUAUAUAUAUAUAUAUAUAUAUAUAUAUAUAUAUAUAUACACAGUAGAACUUAGUUUGUUCCUGAAUGCCAUUCAUAAUCUGAAAUGUUUGAAAAACGAAACUAUUUUCCCUAUAGGAAUCAGUGUAAAAUGGAUUAAUCCAUUCCCAGACACCAGUCUACCGUGCCUUAGUGGCUUAUGACAGAUGCUUCCACAGCCAAGAUGGCUGCUUCACAACAUCUCCAGCUCACAAAUUAAUUAUUCAGAAAGGAUGUAUUGAAUGAAGUUAGUGACACAGAAGUCAACAGAAGAUAUUGUUUAGACCAUGCAGGUAUUCUCUUUGUCACCCAUCUAGUGAGAGAAGCCUUAAAAAAGGACACAGAAAAGAGCAACCCACUUACCACCAAAAUGAUAUCUUGCUGCCUGGAAAAGCUGCUGGAAAAAUGCAGUUGUGCAGUAGUGAUGGCAUUUGGGGUCAUCAAGAGCCAUAGGUAGCCUGGAAUAACUCCUGAGCGCAGAAAACUGUUUGUUUAUAUUGAGGCUUUUCAAUGAGAUCACGUUUACCUUAUUUCAAAGAUUGAAUUACUGUAUUACACUCUGUGUCUCCUCCAGAUAUAUACAAAUGAAAUAAAUAUUUAUAGAAAUUAUAAAUUAGUAAUAAACAGUAGCUUUUGCUAUGUCUUUUGGUAUUUGAAAUCAAGUAACUUUGUUCUAAAACCAAAUUUUGGCACCACAACUGAAGCAAUAAUGAGUUCAAAAUUUUGUUUAAAAACCACGUUGUCUGAAAAGGGAGGCGUUCAAUAACCGAGGUUCCACUGUAUAUAUAUAUAUAUAUAUAUAUAUAUAUAUAUAUAUAUAUAUAUAUAUAUAUAUAUAUAUAUAUAUAUAUAUAUAUAUAUAUAGUAGAACAAGUUUUGAGUUAUAUAUGAGGGUAAGCAGGAAUACAGCAGACUUCGUUCUUCAUUUAUUGCAACAUUUCACCUUCACAGAAGCCAUCAUCAAGCUAAAAAAAAAUUGAUAAAAAUAAGCACAGAUACAAAAAUCAUAAAAUAUCACAUCAAUAAGGACAAGAUUGAAAAACAAAACAGUAACCAAAAGAGGACAGGCAGGCAAACAGAAAAAAUAAAUAAAUAAAAAAAAGUGACAAAAUGACCUGUCAGCUGUAGCUUAUACAUCACAAACAGAAAGAAAAAAUAUCAACCAAAAUAAAGGUAUGAAGCUAUGGACACAUGUCACAUAGUUUCUUUUGUUUGUGUGUCUGUCCCCUUUUGGUUAUUGUUUUGUUUUUAAUCUUGUCCCUAUUGAUGUAAUAUUUUAUGAUUUUUGUAUUUGUGCUUGUUUUUAUUAAUUUUUUAGCUUGAUGCCUGCUGUGAAGGUGAAAUGUUGCAACAAAUGAAGAAGGAAGUCUGGUGUAUCCCUUCUUACCCUCAUAUAUAUAUAUAUAUAUACAGUAAAAUCCCUCUUAUCCAGCAUCAACAGGACCGCCGACAUGCCGGAUACUUGAAUAGAAGUGAAAUUAUGUCGACAAUCACCACCCUACACUCACGCAUCUUACCAUAACAAAGAUCAGCUGAUCUUAAUCAGCAGCUGAUCUGAUCAGCUGCUUAAGUGUAAGCACAACACGCUUCCUCUUUUCUACAACUUUAGGCAUGAUGAAGGUGUCAGGCGAUAAACAGUGCACACGCGGGACUGAGUCACUGAGUAAACACAGUGCAGUGGGCUGGAGAUGGCGCGAAGCAGUGCGCUCUGGUGGCGAGGGGACAAAGUAAGCCUCGUGCGGGAAUUUUAAUCGAUUUUAUGAGUACACAUUGAUUUUUUAUUGAUUUUAAGGCUCGGGGAAAAAUGUGCCGGAUACUUGAGGCUGCCGGAUACUCGAAUGCCGGAUAAGAGGGAUUUUACUGUAUAUAUAUAUAUAUAUAUAUAUAUAUAUAUAUAUAUAUAUAUAUAUAUAUAUAUAUAUAUAUAUAUAUAUAUAUAUAUAUAUAUAUAGACACACACACACACACACACACACAUAGUUAGUGUCGUAUAUUCUCAUAUAUGAAAGAUCAGGUAAUUCCAAGCCAGAAAUAUUCCAUGGUCAGAUGCUUUUUAAUGCCAUGGUUUAGAAGUUUUAGAACUUUUAAAUAUGAAUGCACUAAUAAUUGAAGGAGGUGGGGAGGAGAGGGCAACAAUGGUGGGCAUUGGCAUCAUGAAAGUUUUAUUUGAUUACACAUCAAGGUUUUCAUAUAUAAAGAUGAAAUUAAAUGCAAGAACACAGUUGUAGCAAAUAAGAACUAAAACAUAGUGAAUGCCAUAUGGCAACAGUGACGUUGUGGGACAGCCCAAGUGCAGCCACUUGCCACUGAUGCACAUUCAUAAUUAAAUGUCCAGUAACUUAUAAAGCAUGGAGUUGAAAGCAUUUGACCAUAGAAUAUUUCCAAUUUGGAAUUACUUGAUCUUUAAUUUCUGAAAACAUGUGAUUUUCCCCAGGAUACCAUAUAUAUAUAUAUAUAUAUAUAUAUAUAUAUAUAUAUAUAUAUAUAUAUAUAUAUAUAUAUAUAUAUAUAUAUAUAUAUAUAUAUAUAUAUAUAUAUAUAUAUAUAUAUUGAAAUUGAGCACAAAAUAAAAUUAAAGUAAUGUUACACUAUCCUUCAAAGAAAAUGGAUUUAUUACACCUGCUAUGAAAUACUGCACAUGUACUAUAAUACCAUGCUCUUUAGCAUAGGCUAAGGCAUCUAACUUGACUCAGAUGGAAACAAACAUUCUGCAGCAACUGAAGAAUGUAUUACUGAGUUUUUGGCAUAUGCUGCAUUUAUCAUACACUUUAUGUGAUAGUGAUGUUACUUUUCAGUGUGUGAAACAUUUACAAAAAAGUGAGAAAAAAAAAUGCUGCAAUUUAGGGUAACUUUAUUCCUUACAGGCUGUGAAACCUGUUUGUAUUUUUGUGUGUGGAGUUUUUGAUCAUUUUGCUUUGUUUCCCAACAUCUUAUUUUGCUCUGGAUUUUAUUUGUUUUGAUGCCCAGUUGACUACUGCUCAAUGCAGAUUAUUCAUGUCUUUUUAUUUUACACCUCUGUUUUCCUCCUCUGUACUUGUCUUCAUUCAGUACACCUCUAGAGGAUGUAGGUCUUUGUUGUUAUUUUCUUAUCUGUGUCUUAUUCAUUGGCAUUUUUUGUUAUCUAUUUAUUCAUUUAGGUAUUUACUUUUUCUGCACCAUAUACUUGCCUAUCUUAUAAUUAGAGGUAUAUAUGUAUGUGGUAGGCAAAGUGUGUGUAUGUGUUUUGGGCAGGGAGGCUUGCAUGUGUGUGUGUGUGUGUGUGUGUGUGUAUUUACAUAUUUAUUUACAAAAUCACAAGUAAGCUAUAUGCAUACAUAAGAGGGAACCCUUAAGUACAUGAUUGUAAGUUUUACCAGGUCCUGUUGGGAGCCUUGUUACAGUUGUUUCUCUUCACAGAGGACAACAACCAAGUAUAUACAACCAAACCAGAUACAACUUGGGAGCAAGUUCUGCCAGUGUCCCACUUUAGACAUGAUUCAUGUUAGAGUGUUAAUGGCAGAAAAUGACUAUUGUUCCAACCUGGCUUUUGACAGACCCCACAAAAGAACAGAAUAUUUGCAGACUGUCUACAACAUUCAAAAUGUUUUAAUGCAGAUAACUGAAUGUUAACAAAUACGUAAGGUUUCAUAAAACAUGAAAAAGUUAACAGAUAAAAACCAGUACAGUACAGUUACUAUUUAUCUCUGUACCAUGCCUGCAGUACCACAUGGGGUGGCUCAGACAAAGCAGUACACACUCAUGCACAGAGCAUGCACAGUCCCAGGUGAAAAGGGAUAAUCUUAUGGACCACCAUACUAGAUCCCAAAAGUCCAGGCUCACCAGAGUUGGCCACACACAUACAUAGCAAGGCCCAACAGUAUACACUGGUCUACCCCUGCCUCUUCAUGAUGAGGUUGUUACCUAGCUCACACUGACUCCAAUCCUGAGACCACAGCAGAUGCACAGUGCUUCUUAGGGAGUGCUCUUCAUCUUAACUGGGUCCAUAUGCCAUUGGGCCUCAUCAAGUGUGCCCAUACUCCUUCCCAAGGGUUGACAAAAUUGUGUCAUUUUCAUGCACUCAUCACUGAAGGUUCUUCUAGCAACCCGCAUUACACAUGAUUCACUUCACAUUAGUUAUAAUGAAAGCAAUAGCAGAAAAUUACUUUGGUUCUGAUCUGACUGAGACAUCCCAAAAAACUAAGAUAUUUCCAGAUUACCUGCACACGAUGACACACUUCAUAUAGGUGACUGUACAGUAAAACUUGUACAACACACUAAUUACCAUUAUUUAAACUAUGGUACUAAAUUCUUUUAUAUUGUUAGUUUCAUAUUUGUUCAUUUAUGAAUUAUUUCAACUCUACAGUGGAACCCCAGUUCUCAAACUUAAUCUGUUCUUAAAGGCUGUAUGUAAACCAACACUAUUUCUCCCAUAUAAAUUAAUAUGAAAUGGAUUAAUUAGCUGAAUCCCAGAUUAUAGCUUAUCCAAGUUUUUACAGUAGUAUUUGAUGCAUAGAUUUGUAAAAAAAAAAUAAAUAAAUCUUACACUAAAAUAAUAAGCUUAAUAAAUAAAUUAUAGAUGAAAAUUUAACUUCACUCUAUCCAAUAGAUAUAGAUGAAAAUUUAACUUCACUCUACCUGUAUAGAGAAGAGUUAAUGGCAUAAGAGAAAGGUGGUGAGGAAUGGGAAGGGGAGAGAUGUUAGUGUUUUAAAGGGGUUUCCUUCCAUAAAAAUAUCAGGUAACUGUAUGAAUCAUUGAUAUUGCCAUACCAAAAUGCACAACAAUAUUUGAGAUACAAACACCCUAUUCAUGUUUGGCUGCGAUUCCUUUUGUCACUUCUAACAUGAUUCUGACUUUUUCUAUUUAUUUUAUUGCCAUCACUAUCCUUCUGUGGCCCCAUGGAAGCCUCUUUAAUAGUAAUAUGUAAAAAAAAUAAAGUGAAAUUCAAGAAAAGUUACCGCAAAUUCAAGACAAGGAGGACACUGCAGCAUUACUGAUACCCUCCCAUCAUGCCUCCCAGUGCAUGGAGCAUGCAGCUGCCAGGUUGCUUGUUUGGGAACCAAGACUGUUCAGAAACCAAUGCAUUUUUUUGUUUGGAAAAAUUGCUUGGGAACCAAUUUGUUUGAGCUCAGAGGCUUUGGGUAUCUGAGACUCCACUAUACUACAAAAUCAAUAUGUGCUUUCUUUUGAGAAGAUUGAGUAACACCUAGGCAGAUUCUCAGGUCAGGCCAGUAAUGUAGUGCAACCGAAUGAAAUAAAAUAUGUUUUGUUGAAAAUAUAUUUGUACAAAUAUUAUUAUGGUGAAAGAAGUAACAUGAUGGAUAAAUAAUACUUGAGGCAUGCAAAAGUGACAACUUGUAGCAAGUGUGAAUUAAUCCUCAGUGCUGGGAGGGUUAGUCACUCAACCUAGAAGGCUGGAACACACUCUCUCUCUCUCUCUCUCUCUCUCUCUCUCUCUCUCUCUCUCUCUCUCUCUCUCUCUCUCUCUCUCUCUCUCUCUCUCUCUCUCUCUCUCUCUCUCUCUCUCUCUCUCUCUCUCUCUCUCUCUCUCUCUCUCUCUCUCUCUCCAACUUUGAACUUUCCUUUGCUCCAACUUUGAAUCUAACAACUCAUCACUCAAAUGGAGAGUUAUAUUAAUAUGUGUGUGUGUGUGUGUGUGUGUGUGUGUGUGUGUGUGUGCGUAAUUAUUUAGUUGUAAUUUACAGGACCUGAGCUACACUCAUGAGGUCCUGUCUCCACUUCUACAUUUGUCCAGUUUUUCCUUAAAAUUGUGCACACUUAUUGCUGAUACUACCUACUCACUUAGCUUGUUCCAAACUUCUAUAUUUCUCUGUGGGAAACUAUAUUUCUUGAUGUUACUGAAGGAUCUUCCUUUUCUUAGUUUUUUGCUGCGUUCUCAUGUGAAAUUCGUAUUUCCUUCUUCUCUUAGCAGUAGUUUCUCAUUAUCAAUUUCUUCCACUCCAUUCCACAAUUUAUAUAUCAGUAAUAAAUCUCCCCUUUUCUUCUUUUUGUUCCAAUGUUGGCAGAUUCAUGUCCUCAUAUGUUAAUUCUUCCAAUUCUGGAACCAUCUUUGUUGCCAUCCUUUGUAUCCUUUCUAGUUUUUUACGUUUCUUUGUGUGGGGAGACCACACUGGUGUGUGUGUGUGUGUGUGUGUACCUAAUUUACCUAGUUGUGGUUUGCGGGAGGAGGAGCCUAAGCUCGUGCUGUCCUGUCUCAAUAUCUACUUUUAUCCAGUUUUUUCUUAAAAUCAUGCAUAGUUAUUGCAUUUAUUACUUCUUUUUGAAACUCAUUCCAGAUUUCUGCUGUGCUUUGCAGGAAACUGUUCUUAAUAUCUCUUCAACACACACCCUUCUUCACCUUCUCAUUCCGUCUUGUGCUUUUAAAGUCUCUCACCACCAAAUCACUCCAGGCCAAUUUUUUAUAGCCCAGCAAAAUUCAAUAUAAGGCAAUCUUGUCACCUCUCUCUUCUCUUUUCCAAGGUGGGCAGAUUUAGUUUCUUUAAUCUCUUCAUACAAUAAAUAUGAUAGGGUCAGAGGUAAUUUCCUUGCUGCUUGUUGUAUCCUCUCUAAUUUAUUUAUGUCCCUUUUAGUGCUGUGUGUGUGUGUGUGUGUGUGUGUGUGUGUGUGUGUGCAUGCGCAGGUAAAAAUGCGCUCACAAUAGGAUCAUGAAUGAUGUAUUCCUAUGUGAUAGUAGACUAAUGGCAUAUUUUGAGUCAUCAUCCUGCCAAUCAGAAUGUAUCCAUAUAAUCCAUUAUGUAAAGAUAAAAUGACUUUUAUGAAAGUAAAUUAAAAAGUUGAGAAACCCUUGAGGUUUCCAGUGGAUUCAAACACACAUUGCUAAUGGCUUUGCACUGAACAGAUAAUGCAUCACUACUGUCUACUAAGAAAUGCUUAGACAACAAAGCAUUUCUUAAAUCACUAUAUAUAUAUAUAUAUAUAUAUAUAUAUAUAUAUAUAUAUAUAUAUAUAUAUAUAUAUAUAUAUAUAUAUAUAUAUAUUCAUUAUUGCUUAAAGGUAAAAGUAUUUAUACAAAGUAAACAAAAGAUAUAAUGAACUCCGAGUUAUUAGAUGAUCCAUCUCAAAUGGAGCCAGUUUGCAGUACAGAACAAUGGCUGCUUCACUAGUGGACUCACUGCUGCCCACCAAGAGCUUGUACACAAAACUGAUGUGAAGGCAGUGUAAUAUCUCCUGUCUUUUGGCUAUUCCUAGUAAAUACUUUCACAAUACACUGCUCUCUUGUUGGGUCCUCAAAGUCUUAUCUUUCCUACUUAAGGGAUCUAAUUGUGUCUUUCUUAGUGUUAACCUACCUCAGAAUCUGAAAUAAAUGGCACAUGUCUUGAAAAUUACAAUUAUUAUUAAUCAACCAAAGCUUGCCACAGGCUAUUAUUACUUUAUUGCCAAAAACCUGUUUGAAUUUCAGUGCUACAAAGAUGCCCAUUCUUGACAUCCACAUCUUGUUGUUCUAAAUAUUCAUUCAGUCAAGAAUAAGUUUAAGAGAUUAUUUAAUAUCAACAAUAAUCUGUAUGCUAAUGCCUCCUUCCACUUGCAUAUAGACAUGCAAACUAAGUAUGCCACAUCUGUUGCAUACCUGACUCGUCACUUUCCUAGCUUGUAUCAAAGUAAUUAAUUCAAAUAAAGUAACAAUUUGUCAUAGGUAUUAUAAUAUACAGUGGGGUCCAUUAAAACAAAUGUAAUUUAUACUAUUUACCUGUUCAUAAUGCAGUUCAUUCACUAUUCAAAACAAACAACAUGGGGAAAAAUUUUCAUUUGUGCUAAGGAGCGUAAAAAUAACAUAAAUAGAAUAAAAUACCUCAAAAAUAGCAAAAAACACACCAAACAUGUACAGUAACUGCUCAGCUACAUGAUGGUAGCACAGCUGCCAUACUUCUUAUUUAUCUUCAUGACAAUUGCAAUCAAUUGGCUCUUCAUCUUUGUCUCCUUUUGGUAAUCCAUGGCUAGGAUAGGGGAUGGUGAGCUAUACAAGGAACACUACAAAACCACUGAAGCUUAUGAGGGAUGUGGAACUGAGUCUACUAAUGGCAUUCCAGCUUUAUAUUAUGAUAGUUAUAGUUCAUGGUUGGUAGGGAUGGUGUGCAUGGAUGGGUGAAUAUCAACUUGGGUGAGUGGUGCAGACAUUCAUGGGACCUGGAGGACAGUGGAGGUGGUUGCAGGGGCAGGAGGGCUGUUCCUUAAAGGGAAUUUUGUUUGUUAUUUAACUGAUGAUUUUCCUCGUAAUUCAGUUCAUUAUUCAAUUUGUACAUUACCUGAACCAUAUGUUGCCACAGAUCCCACUGUAUGUAAGCUCAAAAUGCAUAAUAAAAGUAUGCUUGAUUUUAGGUAAUGUAAUUUGACAAACUCCCAAUCUACGACACAGACACAAAAUCAUGUCCUUUUAUCUUUUUAUUUUGAUAGAAUCUAGAUGUAGUAAUGUUUUAGCGAGGGAGGAAAAUAAUGCACACGUUAAGCCAUAAGCACACUGCCACUCAUCUCUGUCAUUGUCCAGUGAUGGCCUUCACUGGUAUGCAAAGCUGUUGUCAGUGUUGUGUCUUCACUUAUCACUUUCCCUCUGUAUACAGUGCAUGUCCUGAUUUCAAAGUAAAUGGCUGUUAUUGAUAAAAAUUCAUUUCUAAAUAAUUUUGGAAAUUAUGUAGACUAUAAAUUCACAUGUAUAAUUCUUCAGCUCAUUCAUCUAAUACUCACUAAUAUUCUGGUCAUUGUAUAUUUUGUUUGUAUAUGUUAUGCAUUCUAUCAUUUCUGAUCAUUGUACUCAUCUGUGAUAGUGAAGAUUUUGAAUCUCACUGCAUUUUGCCUUCAUAUAAAAACUGCUGAUCUUUAUAACUUGUUGGAGUUUCAUUCAAACUUAAACUUGUCUCUUUUGUAAGCAUUGCAUCUCGAUCUUUUUAUUUUUUUCUGUACUGCAUUUGACACACAUUGCUUUUAGUUUUUAGCAAUAGUAUCCUUUUUGGAUAAUGUAACAUUUAUUUGUUGUAAGGUGUAGGCUUCACUAUCCACACAUAGGAAGAUUUUUGUAGAAUUUGAUUAACUCCUGAGUUAAUCUUUUUGUCCACUUGAAGGAGGUAUGUGGUUCUUCUGUUGGGAUGGAGAGACAUCUGGUGCAGAAAUCCUUUCAUCGUGAUAGCUAAGAGCUGAAUGACCUAUGUGUGAUAGGCAUGCUUGGAUCUCCUGAAUACUGGCAAGCAAUCCCAGCAAUUAUAUUUUGUUUGCAGGCAUCCUGUCCAUACUGUCACUUGAGUGACAAACAGUUAAAGGGAAGUGUCAACAGUGAUGAAUGAUAGUGUGCACAGGGCUUUACUGAGAACAGUUAUAGCAUUACUGCUGGACACUGCAUGAUCUCAGAGCCUAGUAGGUGUUUAGCAUUUUCUUUGCAGUGUUUCCAUUAUGGUGGUAAAAUUCUUUUAUUACUAUUUUUAUGAUACACACACACACACACACACACACACACACACACACACACACACACACACACACACACACACACACACACACACACACACACACAUGGUUAUGGAGACAGGAUAAAAUGAGCUUUGACUCGUGCUCUGUACAAUACAACUGGGUAAACUAGGUAAAUACACACAAUGCUGGAGAAGAAUACAGAAAGGCAAGGAAUGAAUAUAGUAUAAUAAAAAGAGAAGAAAGAAACUUUGACAGUGAUAUAGUAAGAAAAUUUAAGGAAGAAUCUGAACUCUUCUACAGCUACAUAAACAGGAAAAUGAAACAUAAGGAUGGCAUAAACAAAUUAAAAACGGAAGGAAGAAUUUAUGAAACUACUGAGGAGAUGGGUUUACAAAGGAAGCCAAAUUUGUGGAACUGAAAGUGGUAUCACAGAAUGAGGGAAUACAGGAGAUACAAGAAGAGGCAAGAAAUAAAAAAAACUGCUGGAAGAGCUGGAUGUUAGAAAAGCUAUGGGACUAGAUCAAGUAAAUGAAUGGAUAUUACUAGAAUGCAGAAUGGAGGAGGAAGAGAGAUAGAUGAGAGGACAUGUGAAGAAAAUAAGAAUGGAUGUUCAAGCGACAUCAAGAAAUGCAGCUUCCUAUAUAGAACUAUUGAAAUCUGGAAUGAUUUGAAGGAAGAGGUGGUUGCGGCAAGCAGCAUACUUAUGAUUAAAGAGAAACUGGAUAAAUAUGAUUAUAAAGGCAGGACAAAAUGAGCUUUGUUUCAUGCCCUGUACAAUACAACUAGGUUUACUAAAUACAACUAGGUAAAUACACACACACACAUUUCACAAGUAUAAGAGUGAAUAUUAAAGAAAAUAUUGACUACUGUAUUAUGGUUAGUAUGCCACAAUAUCCUUUUAACUAUUUGACUUGUCAUUUAACUUGCCUUUAAAUAUAAUAGGAAAUUUUUUUAAUCAUUUGCAGUUGGUCCCGUGCUCUGAGGUACUAGAAUGGUAUCCGUUCCAAGAUCAAGGGCUGAAGAUGUUGAUUUCAAAGCCAGGGUAUCAAACAGCAUAACAUUAUAUGUCCCAACUCUACCUUUUUGUUAUGCUAGUUGGUAAUUUUUAAAAUUGUUUGGGUAUUUAUUUGCAUGCAUGUGCACACACACACACACACAUACACACACACACACACACACACACACACACACACACACACACACACACACACACACACACACACACACACACACACACACACACACACACACAAAGAAAUGCAAGGUGAUGGAAUUAGGAAAAAGCAAAAGAAGAUUGACAAGUUCCUACACCAUGGGAGAAGUGGAAAUUAAGAAAACCAAAGAAGAAAAAGACUUGGGAAUUAUAAUAAGUGAUAAUUUAUCACCAGAAAAACAUGUAAACAAAAUAGUUGGGGAAACCUAUGAGUUAUUAAGAAAGAUGAAAGGGGCAUUUGCUUACAUGUAUGAAGAGAUGAUGGAAAAAGUUGAUGGAAUAUGUGAUUCAACCAAAACUAGAAUAUGCCACAAUUGUUUGGUCACCCCAUAAUAAAAAGGAAAUAAGGAAAAUAGAAAGGAUCCAAAGAGCUGCAUCUUUUCCCAUAUGUCACAGCAAGUAAAUAGAACUAAAUGAAAUACACAAAUUGUCAAUUUGGUUUUAGAAAGGGAAGAUCUUGUCUUACCAUUUUGUUGUGUUAUUAUUCAAGAGUGAUUGAUAUAAUACAGGAGAGAGAUGGUUGGGCAGACUGCAUUUACCUAGAUUUAAGAAAAGCUUUUGAUAAGUUGCCACAUAAAAGAUUUUUAUGGAAACUGGAGAAGAUAGGCGGUGUAAAUUAAAGACUGCUGGAAUGAAGGGGGAAUAAAAAAAAAACAUAACAAAAAAAACAAAGAUGCAUAUGGUAAUAAAGGACCAGACUUCAGUGUGAAGCCUGGUAUUAAGUAGGGUCCCCAAAGGGUCAGUGUUAGUACCAGUAAUGUUUGCGGUGAAUAUAAGUGAUAUGGUGCAGAAUGUAUCUAGCUAUGCAAGUCUUUUCACUGACAAUGCAAAACUUAUGAGAAGAGUGAAGGAAAUUGAAGAUUGUGAAGAAAUGUAAUGAGAAAAAUAAUCACCACAAUGAUACGUCCAAGAUUAGAAUAUGUAGUGGUAAUUUGGUCACCAAUGAAAAAAAAAAAAAAAAAAAAAAAAAAACACAAGAAAGUUGGAAGGCAUACAGAGUGAAGUAACCAAGAUGAUACCAGCACUUCAAGACCUGCCAUACAAGAAGAGACUUGCUAGGAUGCAACUCCCAACCUUGGAAAGGAGAUGAGAAAGAGGUGACAUGAUUACACUUUACAGAUUACUGAGUGUGAUGGAAAAACUAGAUAGGGAAAAUAUAUUUGUAAUGAACAAACGAGAAGCAAAUGGACAUGGAAGAGAACUAAAAGCAACCAUCUGCAGAAGGGACAUAAAGAAGUUUAUCUUCCUCAUAGAAGCAUUGAGGCAUGUAAUGGACUGGAGGGGGAAGUCGUGUAUGCUAAAAUUAUUCAUGACUUUAAGGAAAAGUUGGAUAAAAACAGACGUGACAGUAUGAGCUUAGCUCCUCUUCCAUAUGUCACAACUAGGUAAACACACACACACACACACACACACACACUUUUUUUGGUUUUUACUCUACUCAACAUUUAAAAGGAUAAAAUGAUAUAUGUUAUCAAUGAUUUAUUGAAGUGAUUGGAAAAUAAUUUACCAUUAAAUACUUAAUUAUACAGAUGCUUGAUAAGUAGUUUUCAACUCCAAAAAUAAUGAUGCUUGUGCUGUACUUGAAAGAAUGUGACAUUUGUCUUCAGCUUAUGUCUUUAAUGAUCAGUAUUGUAGAGUGAGAGUGGAUGCUGAAAUACUUCCCAUAGGUUGAUUAGCUAGGAAGCAGUGCAGAGACCAGUGUUACUUGAAGUGCAAGACUUGCACCCACAAGUAGAUCAGUUAAGUUGUGUUAUACGAAAUGACAUCCAGUCACUGAUAUUUACAAUAAAUUAUUUAAUUUUCUUUUUAUAGGCAGUUGGCAUAAUUAUACUGGAACAUUAUUGGUGAAAUGGUUAUUUAAUGCAGAGCACUGGAAUUUUCCAUGUCCUGUUUGGCAUGAAGUCAUCAAUGGAAAUAUGGUAUUCAGGAUGAAAGUGAAUCACGUGAUAAUGUGUGACCUGAUACUGAAUGUAUUGCUCAUACUCGUGUUUUUUUAGUCAUUUAAUAUGUAUUAGGAAAGGUGUCAAUGACUACAAAAUGGAUUUAUGUUUACAUUGUUACUUUUAAAGAAUGUCUUUGAGGACACAAUAAUGUUAUUAAUACCCUGGGAUUAUGCAAUGUUUUGAAACAGUUAUUAUUAACUCUAUUUUGCAUAUUAACUGCAAUGUCAUUUAUAUUUGCAUAUUCACAAUGUUGCCUUUUAAUGUGGAAUUUUCCCUAAUAAUUAUAAGAAAGAUAAAUAUCUUGCUUUCAUCCUUAUGUCAUGUUUCAUUUCUACUUUCAUCAUAGGCUAUUUUCAUAGUCAGACUGCUACAGUAAUUACAUCACUACUCAUUUAAUCCUAACAGCAUUAAAAGAAUUAAGCUUGACAUAUUUGUAUUAUACCUAGUUAUUUGAUACUAAAUCCUUAAGAAGUAUGUUUGCUUUACAUUCAUGUAAUGCAUUGAACUAUUAUUUCCUCAUUGCUGCUACAUUUUAUGCCUUUGUGUGUUUUAAAUGUUUAUGAUAUGACUGAAGUAUUUUGUUAUUGCCAUAGAAAAACAAUUAAAAUGUUGCCAUUAUAUUUUAGUUCAAAUAAAAAAGGCAUAUUACAGUUUCAUGACAUAAGUUUUGUUUUCACUUCCACAUAAAAGACUAGUACUGAUCUGAGUGUAUUUGAAUAACUGAAUAUGGCCCAGUUAAUUUAUUAAUAAGCAUGCAAGAAGUUGGUAUAUUUUGUAAAUGGCUUUUGUUUAUAUUUACAUAGUUAUGAGCCAUAAACAAUGAAUGGAAAGUUUCAAAAAGCAUUCUCUGCUCUCAUCUAAACAAAAGUGAAGAUCAUCUAUGUGCUAUCAACAGAAAAGACUUAUAAUAUAUGUUUUACCUAACUAGGCCUCAUUUUGUACCAGGCACUACACAAGUGUAGGGGAAUGUGUCUGUAAUCAGUGCUGUGGAUGUGAAUGUGCAGGUUUUGUAGAUGAUCAAAAAAACUGAAGGUGUGCUCAGAUGGUCUGUGGAUAACAGUGUGUGGUGAUGAGAACAAAACAUUUUUGCAGUGAACAAGUGAACUUUUUAACACUUAUUUUAAUCAUGACAGUAGAAGGAAGGGAUGUACUUUAUUGCAUAAUACUCCUUUAGAAAGUAGCCCUUGCAUUGGCAGUUGAGUUAAAUCUUACAUUUCACAAUGUUAUUUCAACUUGUUUCCGUCUUGCAACAAAAAGUAUAAUUUUCUCCAGCAUACACCUCAGUAACAAAUUGUUUUUAUUUGCAUACGAUAUUUGUCUUUUUAUCAAAUUCCAAUGCAACCAGAGCAUCCUUGCACCCUUGUAUACAUCAUACCACUUCUAAAUCAUGUUUUUUUUGCCACUUGGCAUUCCACAUUCAGUGUCCAUAUAGUCAAUUCCAAACAUUCCUCAACACUUUGCCCCUUUCCCACCAGUGAUCGUUUUCUUCCCUAUCCCAUGAUUGUGCCUCAGUUGCAUGUUAUGGUUGGGACCAGGAUGUUACAUUAAUUUAUUGUAUGUCUCACACUGUGUGACAUUUUUUAGUUUAUCUGCCCUAACUCUGAGACAAAACAUGUAAAUUUGUAACAAAAAUAUAAGGAAAAGAUUGAUGUAAUAGAGAUACUAAAUACACUAUAAGGUAUAAAGGAAAAUGGAGAUUGAGCAAGUGCUUAUAUCAGUACAAAAAAAAUCCAUACAUCUUGCUUUUUCAGUUUUUGCUGGGUUAAGAACCUUGCACUUGCUGAACCUGCAUCAAAAGUGCAGUGUUACAGCUAAAAGGUGAUGGUCCAUUGGUGAGGAAUAUAUUUGUGUAUGCUAUGAAACCAUAGUAAGCUUGUAUUUUUUUUUUUCUUCAAUCCUUAGUGUAGGAAGAUACUUUAUAAUAAUGCUGAAAUACUUCUUUCUUAACUGAAAAUCAUUCCCAUUAAUUAUAAGCUAAUCUCUGUGACAGAAAGUCUUCCCAAAGUCAAUAUGGAGAAUCAAUAUAGUAGUGAGGUGAUAUUAUAUGACAUACAUUUCCAUACCACAUUUGAAAUGUACCCAAACUAUUCUGAAUUCAAAGCUUAUUUGGUCUGUGCAAGUAAGCUUAAAAGAUAUAUUGUUGCAUUUGCAACUAAACAAAGGAAAUCUAGUGUAGUGAAUACAUUCUGAAUAUUAAGUAUGUAGACUUUAUAGGGGAUUUGAGAUUAUAAAAAAAUGACAUUUGAUAUUAAACAGCCAUUUGAAAUGAGAGAAACUCUUGAUGGGUUGUUAUUAUGUUAGUGUUGCAGUAUGGACAGUGUUUCAACACUUCACAUGUAUGGUACAUGUUUAUCUCAUGUUACACACCAUGAGUUUUUUUUUUUUUUCUCCCAUUAUUAUAUACUUUUUUUCAGCAUAUUUUUAUUUGGAUUUUUUUUUGGCAAAUCAUUCACUGAACAGCACACCAAAAUAAUCACCUUUAUGUGCAAUUGCAUAUAAGAUGUCCCCUGUUGAUUGGAGGAAAUGCAUUCCCAGAUCACACCAUCUUAUGAAAAACUGAGUCUUGCUGAACAGUAAAUGUUUUCUCUUCCCAAGUAAAAUUCUUACAAAGAAAAUUUGUACAACAUGAAUUCAAGACAUUAAAUUAGUUGGUGCCCAAGCCAAUCCACUGAAAGCAACAUCAUGACAUUCAGACUUCUCCCCCUAUUCUAGACCAUUUCUUCCAAUACAUAUAUGACAUGAUCCCAGAUCACACUAUCAGUGUUUUACAGUAGUGCACCAAACACUGAGGCAGCAUGCACCAGAGUCACUGAGGGUGGGUUGUGCUGCUGCAUGGGCAAGCAGACAAUACACAAAUCUCUUUCUAGCACAUGUUCAAUAAAUGAAAAAAUUGGGUUAAGUGGAAAAUACAAAGUAGAUAUAAUAUUGUUUUAUUUAAGAAAAAUCUAUUUUCAUUAAUUUAUGAAAAUAUAAGAGAGAGAGAGAGAGAGAGAGAGAGAGAGAGAGAGAGAGAGAGAGAGAGAGAGAGAGAGAGAGAGAGAGAGAGAGAGAGAGAA